UCAGCGAUCAAGCUGACCCACGGAGUCUCUCUAAUCCCUCCCAAGGCAAUGGCGUCGAACAGCAGAGAAGCGAGGAGGCGGAAGAUCUUAGAAAGAGGAUCUGACCGUUUGGCCUUUAUCACUGGUCAGAUCAACGGCGUUCCUCCUCCUCCUCCUCCUUCGUCCGAUCCCACUUCCCUGUCUCAAUCUCCUCUCCGCACUAGUGAUUCCUCACCGGAGACGAUUCCGCCUCGCGAUCAGAUACCUACUGAUGGAGAAACAGCUUUCACUAGUCAUCAGGAAAACAUCUCUGAGGCUUCGAUGCUUGCUAAUAUGGACCCUAUCAUCCAUCAAAGCAGAGCAGACUCUCUGAAGUAUACUGAAACAUUGGCAGAAGCCUCCUCCUCUUCAGUUCCCAGAGACACAAGGGUACAACCGUCUCCUGCAACCCCAUCCGUCGUAGAUUUAGGCGCUUCUCAAGCAUUUACUCCUCUGGUUAGUUUUGUCAACGCCAUCACUCCAAAACACGUUGGAGCCGCCAUUGAUGCUUCCGAAUACGCACGGAUGUUCUCAUCUCUUGUGAUUGCGCUUCUUGUCGUGCUAUCUCAUCUCGGGUUCUCUUCCCUAGGCAGCAGCAUAGUAAGCUUCAGACCUGUCUUCUUGCUUCUCUUGACCGAUGCCACGAUUGUGCUGGGACGUGUUCUGCUGAGCCAUCAUGGAGAUCCUUCCUCAGCUUCAAGACGAGAAAACUCAGUAAUGAAUGGACAAGGCAUAGCGGACCAAGUGGGCAACGCGCUGGAGAUGGUCAUGAUGAUGAAGAAGAUAAUGAACGCUGUUUCUAUGGAUUUUAGCUUGUACGCUGUGUUUCUCAUAUGUGGCCUCUUGUUCACACAAAACAUCUUUGCUUAGGUCCUCUUUGUAGGUUUCUGAUUUCUUUUUUUUUUUGGACAUGUGAUUUCUUAUUCAUUUCUCAUACUAUUAUAGACUACGCUUAUGAGUAACAUAUUUAUCAAGUAUUGGUUUGUUUGAUAAUAAAGACGAGGUUUAGUGUCUUA